AUGUUCAGCAAGAUCAUCUUUACCCUCUUCACUGCCGCCGUCGCAACCGUGCUGGUCCGCGGGGAGUCUCAUACUAUCACUUUCAUCAACAAGUGUGGCUAUGGAACUCCUUACUUGUGGGGACCUGGCGGCGCUCUCCUCUCCACCGGCGAUGCUUACACCAGCAAUGGGCCCGCUGAUGAUUUAAUUGCCUACCUGCAAAUUGGUACGCAAACAUUUUCAAACAAUCCAGUGUCUCUGUACAGCUCGUUCGAUGCAGGUGUCUGUGGCGACAAUGGUGAAAAUUGCACCUUGAUCGGGGCAACGCUCAGUAACGACGAUGGAAGUAGCGGCUAUAUCUCGCUCAUUCCCCCGUAUUUCUUUCCUCCUCAUUAG